GUUAUAUUCCAGGUUAUACUCCAGGUUAUACUCCAGGUUAUACUCUGGGUUAUACUCCAUGUUAUACUCUGAGUUAUACUCCAGGUUAUACUCCAGGUUAUACUCUAGGUUAUACUCCAGGUUAUACUCCAGGUUAUACUCCAGGUUAUACUCCAGUUAUACUUCAG